UUGCGCCCGCAAGGUCCGGGAGCUGGCCCAGUCUGGAGUAAACAAACACUGCUUCGAGUGCAACCAGCCUGGGGUGACAUACACCGACAUCACGGUGGGCAGCUUCGUCUGCACAUCGUGCUCCGGAAUGCUCUUCAUAAACGACAGACCGCUAGUUGGUCAUUUUCCAGCUCUGAGUUACGUUUCAUUUCGUCAUGGUGCAGGUUUGACACACACACACUCUUUCUCCAGGCUCUUCUCCAGUGUGGGCGUGAGUGUAAGUGCGCGUAUGUGUGCGUGUGUGCAGUCACAAUUUGUUCUGCAUGUUCAGCCUAGUCCCAACACACGUUCAGAAGACGGGCUCAGCACUGUAGUGAGUUAUUGCGCAAUCCUGCACAGCAGUGUCCCACUUUGUGUCCCCCAGCAUGGAGAACGUAAGAGGCUCUGAUUUCUAAAAACACAUGCUCCUCUACUACAAGGGUGUGUGUUGCACCUUUUUUUUUUUACCCUAAAUUCACAAUCACAUGUUUGAUAUUUCCUCUCCUACCUGCUCUUGUCCCCUUACUGUCCUGGACAUGUGGGCCCACUAUGACAUGUUACACUUUGCUUGCUUAUUUUACUCUUUCCAUCUUUUCUCUGUGUCCCAGGAGAGGCCUCAACCCUCCUCACAGGGUCAAGUCUAUCUCCAUGACAACUUUCUCCCAACAGGAAGUGGAAUUCCUCCAAAACCAUGGCAAUGAGGUUGGGAGAAGGACCUGGCUGUGUGUGUUUGACCCAAAGGCUGAUGGCUGCCCCGACAUGAAGGACUCUCAGAAGUUCAAAGAGUUUCUCCAGGAUAAAUAUGAGAAGAAAAAAUGGCAUUUUUCCAAAAGUAAGAACCGGAGAGAUGUGGAGGGUCCCUGGAGUCCAGGGGUCCAAGCUUUGCCCCCUUCCCAUGGUACCUUAACAAGCCAGGGCACGUCCCAUAAUUUGCCCCUUAAUGCUAGAGCUGCAAGGCCACUGUCUCAGUCCCAACUGCCUUCAUGGGAUCGAGCUCCUGCCAUCUCACCUGCUGACAUGCGGACAGAUGCAUUCACCGCUCGACCAUCACGCUCCCAAAGCUUCAGAGACCACCCUCUGAAAGAUCCAACCCUGUGUGGUAUAGAAAGACAGCGACCAGGCUCCCUGUCGUCAGCACUGGGAAGUCAAAGCCACGCCCCCUCAUUCCCUGCCCUUCCAAGGCCUUCAGCCAGUAGCUCUUUCAAAAACCACUUCACUUUAGGUCGUACAGUGUCGGCCUCUGGGGCCACGGGGCCCUUCAGAGCUUUCCCCAAAUCCCUCAGCGUAGACUUCGGGGGUCUGAGCCAUCCUCAACCGCAGUCCUUGCCUCAGUCUCUGUCCCAACCACAGCAGCAGCCAGUCAGCAGCAGCCAGACAACGACGACGCUCAACAGCUCCAGCGGCCAGGACAAGUACGCCGCCGUGUCGCACUUGGAUAGUGUCUUUUCUGAAACAACGUCAACUGCAGCUCCACCUGCUGGUCCUCCGCAGUACAGCUCCAUCUUUGGCAGCAGGCUUUCAUCUAGCUCUACUCCUGCCAGCUCCCCUGGCGUUGACACCGUCUCUGGCUCCCAAACUUUUGCAAAUUUCCCCAACCCAUUCAGCUCCAGCUCGGCUUCCCAGCAGCCCAUUGCCCUCUCCCCCAGUAACCCCUUCAGCAGCGCCUCAGGAGGUGACUCCAGUGCAUUUGUCACUUCGCCCACCUCCAUUUUUCCUCCACCAGCCUGCUUCCCAGCACCCGUAACCCAGAAUGCUUUUCCUCAAGAGUCAGUCACCAAUCAAGAAGCCAAUGGCUUUGCCUCCUUCCCUACGUCCGACUCUCAGUCCAAAUGCCCUCGGCCCAUGUCUGUGAACCCGUUCACGGGAAACGUUUACCCCAGUCGGGGGACGUCGAGAAACCCUUUCAUCUGACUACCCCUCCCUCCCUGCUUCUCUGGGAACUGAGGGAGUAGUGAACUUGAGAAGUUGCUGCCAUUUCAAAGCCUCUGGAGAAUUUUCACCCUGUUAAGGAGAGCCGGACCCUUCCUCUUGUUCUCUCCUCUAUGUCUGUGUUUACGUGUUUGUGGACGGGGAAAGAAAAAAGUAUGAAUGUAAUUAUGAAACUGUAUGUAUGAGAGAAUUGGCCUGCUACGUUUGUAUUAUGUGACAUUGUAUGUCAAAAGGUGUUUGUGUGUCAGUAGAAGCCACCUCAGGGCUCUGUGGGAGUCACAACUAAAACAAUGCCUCUUUAAUUUUAUCCAGAAAUGCACACAUAUUAUACACACACAUGCUGCUGCUGCUAUUGUGCUUUCAUCUCCUGCUUACAAGUGCAAAAAGACACUCAAAAAAAGCCCUCCGGUAACAACAUGUCUUCUGCUUUAAUACCUUUGAGUCUGAAUGGUUGAUAGGCCAGUCGAGGCUUUGACCCUGCAUCUCGAGUCUCUACAAAUGGUUUUAACAGCCUUAACAACCUCCUGAUGCAUGUGAAUUAGCAUCUGAAGAGAAGAUGGACUUGUCUCUGUAAUAUGUGUGUGUGUAUGUGUGUGGAACAUUUUUUUUUUUUUUUUUUUUUUGGUAAGGUUUCUUUUGAAGGAUGAUCUAUGUUUUCCACUCUCAGGCUGCAUGUGCUUAGAGGGCUAAAAGGAGAUCCUAAUGAAUGUAAAAGCAAAUUUCAGAAAAACUUAAGUAAAACUGUAUUAAAAAAGGGGGAAAAAAAUUGUUCGCUUCAUAUACUGGACCAAAAUGCUUUCACUGCAUUUUUUCCUUUCUUCUUUAUAUAUAUAUAUAUAUUAUCCUCUUCAGUUGACAUGAGGGUUAAGUUCUUUUUCCUAAUUUUGCCAAAAAAAGAGAAUAGAAUUUCAUGUAUUAACGUCUUUGUAAUGACAACAGUUCAUGUUCAUAAAAUCAACAUGUUGCUUCUUAUGAUAAAUUCA